AUGCUACUUCAUGGAAGUGCGUGAACACACACACACACGCGCACAUACACACUCUCAAGUAUGAUAAUAAUGUUGGAGGUUAUGGAGGAGUGGAGGUUCUCAUCUGUUAAGGUGAAGUUGGCAGAGGUGCCUGUAUGAGCUAGUAGUCUAGUCAUGUAGUCUGAGUGUGUGGGUCAGUCAAGGAAUCAUUGACCCCAUUCUUAUCUAUGAAAGCAGUUAUUAAACAGGUGUUCUGGUCCCCUUGCAUACCAUUGGUAUUGACAGAGGACGUCAUUGUUCCAUAUCUGACCAGGUGAGCUCAGUCCCAAGAAAGGUGUGGUUUUCUCUCUCUAUACAGUGAAUGACCUGUAAAUGAGUGUCUUCAUACUGCAACUGAACUCUAUACAGUAAAUGAACUAUUCUAUAGGGUUCUAAUGUAUUCAGAACGUCUCAAACCUGCAAACACCAACCAAUUGUAUGGAAAGAACUUGGCGUAAGGGCCACAGAUGGGUGGGAUAGAUGGUGUCUGUUGCAGUAUCAGUUAAAUUAUUUCCACUACAGUUUCGCUUUUUUUUCAUAGUCAUUGUCCUUUUGAAGUGCUUGAAUCCUCGACAAUUUGAAUCUUCUGUGUGUGUGUGUGUGUGUGUGUGUGUGUGUGUGUGUGUGUGUGGCCACCGAGUUGGAACAUGCAGGUGCAGGGAGAGCGGGACUCGCAAGCCACUGCAUGCUCGCCUAAAAAGCAGAUUGUUCAGAAUUUGCUAAAAAGCUCGUUAUCAGCACAUCUUGCAUAAUGGCGGAGGCUUAUUCUCGUGGGCUACGUAAAUAGUGGUGCUUUCACCUCACAUUCCCUCUGGCAACUGAUGCACGAUGGUCAUGUUGGUCCAUUACAACGUUGGUGAUUUACCACUUUGUUCCUUUGUGAACUUCCUCACAACCCACAUUACUAACCUAUCUCUCUUUCUUUCCAUCCCUCUAUCCACCCACAUGUACCUCACUCUCUCUCUCUUUCUUGAUCCAUUUCUCUCUCUCCCUCUCAAACACUUUUCCUUAACUCUCUCUUUUCUCUGUCUUUAUACAUCCCUUCCUCUCUCUCUCUUCCCUUCGCUCUUCCUCUCUCUUCCUUUCGCUCUUCCCCUCUCCCCCUCCCCUCCCUCUCCCUUCCCCUCUCUCUUCCCCUCUCUCUUCCCCUCUCUCUUCCCCUCUCCCUUCCCCUCUCUCUUCCCCUCUCCCUUCCCCUCUCCCUUCCCCUCUCCCUUCCCCUCUCUCUUCCCCUCUCUCUUCCCCUCUCCCUUCCCCUCUCUCUUCCCCUCUCCCCUCCCCUCUCUCUUCCCGUCUCUCUUCCCGUCUCUCUUCCUUUCCAGGUAAGAUGCCUACUACUGAUCCAGGUGCUGGAGGGGACUACGUCGUGCCCACCCCAGGCCCCGCCUUCAAGGAGGUGUGGCAGGUCAAGGUGUGGCCUAAAGGGCUGGGCCAGGCCAAGAACCUGGUGGGUGUCUACCGGCUGUGCCUGACCGACAAGACGGUCAACUUCGUCAAGCUCAACUCGGACGCGGCCGCCGUGGUCCUGCAGUUGAUGAACGUGCGGCGCUGCGGUCACUCCGAGAACUUCUUCUUCGUGGAGGUCGGUCGCUCUGCGGUCACGGGCCCCGGAGAGUUCUGGAUGCAGGUGAGAUGAAAUGUCACACAAGCCCAGUCUCUGAGGUUACAGCUGUGAAUGGCUAUGGUGUUUUGAUUGUCAAGCAGUGUAUUCCUCCUGAUGCAUGACCAUUUGAUGUUGGCUAAACUCAAAGGAAAGGUUACAGUAGAGAAUUUGUUAUGGAUUUGGUUAAGGUUAAAGCAUGGGUGCCCAAUUACAUUCAGCCGUGGGCAGAUUUUUCAUUGAGCGGAUGGUCGGGGGGCCGGAAAUAAUUUUUUGCUCAGAAAACUUGGGGGGGGGGGGGGGGUUAAGAUUAUGGAUUAGAGGAUAGAACAUGUGAUCGACAUGUGGUUGUAAGCCCAUAGAGUAUGACUGUGUUCUGCCUCAUGCAGGUGGAUGACUCAGUGGUGGCCCAGAACAUGCAUGAGACCCUACUGGAAGCCAUGAAAGCCCUGAGUGAGGAGUUCCGCCAACGCAGCAAGUCGCAGUCCAACUCUGGGCCAGGUGGGGGAGCCACCGCCUCCAACCCCAUCAGUGUCCCCUCGCGACGCCACCACCCCAACCCGCCCCCCAGCCAGGUGGGCUUCACCCGCAGGCCUCGCACCGAGCCGCCCGGAGGGUCUCGAACUGGCGGCAACAGCGCCAACGCAUCGCCCACCCCCCGCCACAGCUUCCCCAGGUCAGGCACUGGGAGCGACGGGGGUAAAGGAGAAGAAGGUGUGGGGGGAGCGUAUGGAGGUGUAGGUCAGAGUUCCAGUCCUACCACCAACGGGUCCUGCUCCACCACGCCCAUCCUCAGGUCCAAGUUGGCUCGCUCUGCCUCCACCCCGACCAAGAACAACUCCCUGGGCCUGAUGCGCUCCAUCUCCACCCCAGCCCCCUCCCCGGCCCCCAGCCUGUCCUCCAGCUCCGGCCACGGCUCCGAGUUUGGGGUAGUGGUGGGUGCAACCGGAGGAGGGGGAGGAGCAGCAGGGGCCGGUGCCUACAGCCACCUUCCCUCCCACAACGUUUCCGUGUCGGGCUCCCCCAGCGACUACGGCUCCUCGGACGAGUACGGCUCCAGCCCUGGGGAGCACUCCGCCCCCUCCCCCAACAUGCUUGGAGGGUCAGCCAGGUCAGGCCAUGAUCAAUCCCUGAACGACGAGGCUGCUAACUACAUCCUAAUGGGCCAGCGUGGUGGUGGUGGAGCCCCAACAUCCGGCACUCUGCCUGUUGGAGCAUCCAGCUCAGCCCCUUCCCACCAGCCCCAGACCAAGAGGGUCCUGCGGCGCUCCUCUAGCCGGGAAUGUGAAGCCGAGAGGCGGCUGCUGAGCAAGCGAGCGUCCCUGCCGCCCAUGGCCCUGGAGCGCCUGGCCCCGCGACCACACAGGGAGGAGGAGCAGGAUGAAGACGCAGCGGACUACGCCAUCAUGUCCCACAGCACCAGCGGCGAUUCCUUCACCACUUGCAUCUCCUCACAGAGAGACUCUGAGAUGAGCCCCGGUGGAGGGGGGGGGGGAGGGGGAUACCUGGACGUGGCUGUAGAGUUGGUUGGUGGUGGAGGUGGGGGUGGAGGUAUAGUGCGGGAUAAUGGCUACAUGUCCAUGCUACCAGGAGGAGUGACCCAACCUCCAGUCUCCCUCACCCACUCGCUUUCAGUCUCCGUCGCCGACUUGGAGUCCAAGCCGGCAGAUGACUACAUGGCCAUGACGCCGAACAACAGUGUGUCCCCCCCGCAGCAGAUCCGGCCCCCUCCCGGCUCCGGCGACGGCUACAUGAUGAUGUCACCCAACAGCAGCUGCUCUCCGGACCAGCGGGGCUGCCUAGGAGGCGUGGCCUGGGUGGACAGCAGCAGCACCGACAGCCGGGCGGGCAGCGACUACAUGAACAUGUCCCCCAUCAGCACCCGCUCGGCCAACAGCAGCCCCCCUCCCCCCGAGCAACCCCCUCAGGCAGACCACCACACCCCGCAGAAGGCCCCCAAGAUGGUCUACUCCUACUACUCUCUGCCCCGCUCCUACAAACACACGCCACCUGGUGGACACUUUGAGGACGGUCCCGGCCGAGGCAGGAGGCCCAAUGGGGGCGGUGAUGGUAGAGGAGUUGGCAGGGCGGUGGUGGUUCGUCAGGACCCCAAUUUGGGUGCGGUCCAAGGUCGCCACCUGUCCCUCUCCUCGUCCUCAUACUCCUCCAGCUCAGCCAGCAGCGAGAGCCUAGGGGAGAACGAGGACAGGGCUCUCCAGGGAGCAGGCUCCUCAGGUGGGGGAGCUCACUCUAAAGACAUGGGGCUCCUCCAGCAGAGACGAGCGGCCCCCAAGCAGGGCCAGCAGGGGGGACACAGGACCCGGCCUGUCAGCCUGUUUGUGGACGUGUCCAAAGCCAACACCCUCCCCAGGGUCCGUGAGAACCCCCUCCCCCUGGAGCCCAAGAGCCCAGGGGAGUACGUCAGCAUCGAAUUCAAGGGGGACAAAAGCACUAGAGGAGGGCCAGGAGGUGGGGGAGGGAGAGGACUCAGACACGGGAUGUCCCUGCCUCACGGCUCCAGCCAGUGCCCCUCACACCGGCCCGCCUCUUGCCUGGGGGGGUUCCUGCCCCUCUCCCGAAGCCCCUCCACCCCCCAGACCCCCCUCACGCCCCUCACCCCUCCAUCCGCCUCAGAGUAUGUUAACAUGGACCUGCGGCCCUCACCGUCCCCCUCUCCCCUCUCCCUCACACCACUGGGCUUCCCCUCCUUCCCCACCCCUCCCACGCCCCCUCCCAUGACCCUGGCCCCCAAGGCCCGCGACGGGGCUGAAGCGGGGCCCAGGACAAACAGACAGACUACUCCUGUAGUGGUCACUCAAUCAGAGUCCCCUACCUCCUGCGGGGACUAUACAGAGAUGGCCUUCAGCCUGAACAACAACACCGUCCCCAGCGCCACGUCCAACAACAACUUCCCCAAAGCCCCCUCCCCAGCCAGGCCCUAUCCCUCAGUCCCUGUUGUCACCCUGGGCCUGGACUUCCCCCUGCCUAAACCUGGGCCCAACCCUGACCACGGCGCUAAAGUGAUCCGGGCCGACCCCCAGGGCCGCAGGCGCCACUGCUCCGAAACCUUCCUCGCCUCUCCCUCUCUCCCUCCCCCCUCCUCCUCCUCUUCCUCCUCCAACUCCUCCUCUGCCGCCUCUCUCUUCCCGGAGCACACCCAGGCCGUGGCUCGCCGGCUGGGGUUCGAGGGCAUGCUGUGGGGGAACGGAGCGUCGGCCGAGCAUCUCCCCUCGCAGUUCCUCCACCCUGGGCCUGGCCUACCCGCUGCCCAGGCUUUGUCCGUGGAGCAAGGUCUCAACUACAUAGACUUGAACUUGGUCAACAAAGAGAGCCCUCAUUCAGCCUUAGACGGGUCCUCAACCGUCCAGGCUAUCCCCACUCGCCUCUACUCGUCCGUGCUGAAUGGGGUGUCCGGAGCAGGCGUCGGGGGCAGUGGAGGCUCCAACCUCAACACCUAUGCCAGCAUUGACUUCUACAAGUCAGAGGAGCUGCGGACGCAACAGAACGGAAACAAAGACGGUACAGGUGAGAGUUCAUUUCUACUCCUUUGGCCAUAUUUGGGGGGAAGUCUAAAUGUCCUCUCUCUGUGAUGUUUUGUGUGCAGCUUUGGUUGCUCUCCUGCUCUUCUUCCUAUUCCACCCCUCUUUCUCACCCUGUCUCUCUCUUGCUCUCCCCCUCUCUCUCUCUCCCCCCUCUCUCUUUUCUGUCUCUCCCCCCCUCCAUUCCUGUCUCCUGCUGCCACUGUCUACAUUUUUCAGAUGAAACGGUGGCAUUUUAG